GUUUAAUGGUCUAAGUCAAUAGCUAUUUGUCCGGUAGGUACAAGCAUAUGCAGGUCCUAGACCCUUUGUGUAAAUGUCCAUCCAGUGUAAAGUGCAUACUAGUGUGUAGUGACGUAAUACCCCUCAAUCUAACUUUCAGUAUGCAAUACCAGGUACAUGUAAUAUCUACCAAGAUCUCUAGGCCAUAUGCAACACAUCUUCAACACAUACUGAUAUCUACGAUAUCUAUGAAGCAAGUUUACUCAUUGAAACCUUCACCUACCCGUAUUCGGCUUUGGACGGCAGCCCUGAGCUCGUUAUCGCCUACUCAAACCUCAUCUCGCAAAUAUCACCCGUCCUCAAAAACCAAAAUGUCGCACCAAAAAACCCAGGAGCCGGUCAUCAACAAGGUCUCGGAGCUACCCGUCGACCAGGCGAAGUGGGUGACGCUCAAGCGAGUCGACUACACCGACCAGGUCGGCAAGCAGCGGACGUGGGAGGUGGCGACGCGGAAGACGCGCGGAAAAGCGGGCGUCGACGCCGUCGCGAUGGGCAACGUGCUCCUGCACCCGUCGCGGCCGGCCUCGACCAUGCUCGUCAUACAGUACCGGCCGCCGCUGGACGCGUACACCGUCGAGUGGCCAGCGGGUCUGAUCGACGCCGAGGAGACGGCGGAGCAGGCGGCCGUGCGCGAGUUCAAGGAGGAGACGGGCUACGACUGCAGCGUGCUGAGCGUCAGCCCCGUGCAGGCGGCGGACCCGGGCAUGACGGACGCGAACAUGCAGCUCGUCAUGGUGGAGGUGAAGCUGCGGGAAGGCGACGAGGAGCCCGACCAGCGGCUCGAGGACGGCGAGCACAUACAGCGCGUCGUCGUGCCUCUGAGCGAGUUAUACGACCGCCUAGUCGAGUACUCCAAGGCGGAUCGCACGAUUAUCGCGGCUAAGCUGUUCCAUUUCGCGGCUGGUAUGAAGUUUACGCAGACGCAAAAGUACUUUUGAUCCGCGAGGUUGAGGUUCGUGAUGGAUGUAUUUUAGCGCGCGGAAUUAUCAAACCCUGAAGCAUGUUGACUAUGUUAAUCAAGAAUUGCUUCCGAUAUCUCGCGUUUGUCAUUCGCGAUAUUACUUUACCUAGAUAGACUUCAAGUUCGUCUACAUAGUCGGAUAAUCUAGAACCAAAUUAUCUUCGUAGACCUCUAGGCUC